AUGUCUCUCAAAACCCUCCUAGCCCUAGCAGCAACAAUAUCCACAGCCACACUCACAUUCAGCACAGCUCAAUUCGUGCCAGCCCCCACAGAUCUAACCAGUACAACGGGAUACCUGGAUUUACCAGUGAGAUACAAGCAGGUUCCGGAAGGUAUUUGUGAGUUGGAUCCGAGUGUUAAGUCGUAUUCGGGUUAUGUGGAUGUGGAGGAGGGGGAACAUAUUUUUUGGUGGUUCUUCGAAACUCGAAAUGGCAAUGCAUCUGAAGCUCCAUUGACCGUCUGGAUUAAUGGUGGACCGGGUUCAUCUUCUAUGAUUGGUUUAUUUGAGGAGAAUGGACCGUGUUAUAUUAAUGGGGAGGGAGAGGUGAUCAAUAAUCCUUAUAGCUGGAAUAAUGUCGGUUUCUCGUAUUCGAUUCCGGUCAAUGGAUAUGUUGAUCCUAACUCGGGUUACAUUGUCACGUUGCCAAAUGCUACUUGUCCAGAUUAUGCGGAGAGUUAUGGUUGUGGGACUUUUAGUUAUGGGAAUGAGAGUCUUACUGCCAAUUCUACCCAAGCUGGAGCUCCAAACUUCUGGAAAACAUUACAAGGAUUCAUGGGUGCUUUCCCUCAAUACUCCAGGAAUGGAUUUCACUUCUCGACCGAAAGUUAUGGUGGUCACUAUGGUCCAAUUUACAAUGAGUAUAUCGAAAGUCAAAACGCCAAGAAUAUUUCUGGUGCCCAUCAGAUUUCCCUCGAAUCAGUCCUUAUUGGAAAUGGUUGGUAUGAUCCAUUGAUCCAAUAUCAAGCUUACUACAACUUCACUGUUUGGCCUGGUAACACAUACGACUAUUCUCCCUUCAACGCAAGUGUACAAGCUGAAUUCUACAACAAUAUCUAUGGUGCCGGAAAUUGCGUUGAUCAAGUCAAAGAUUGUGCGGCCAGAGGUAUCAAUGAGGUCUGUGAAGCAGCAGAUACUUUCUGUGCUGAUCUCGUGGAAAAUGUCUAUGAUAUCUAUUCGGGAAGAGAUGAAUAUGAUGUGAGAGAAUUGACACCAGAUCCUUUCCCAUAUUCUCAUUAUACAUCCUAUCUCAAUACGCCCAAGGUACAAGCUGCGAUUGGUGCCUAUCAGAACUUUACUGGUAGUUCCAACACGGUAUACAAUGCUUUUACCGCUACUGGUGAUGAUGAUCGCGAGUCUGGCACUAUCGAAGCCGUGAGAACAUUACUCAAUCAAGGUGUCUACGUCGCCAUGAUGGCCGGUGAUGCCGAUUACAACUGCAACUGGCUCGGCGGAGAAGUAAUCUCCAACGAAGUAAACGCCACCAAUUUCUCCCUCGCAGGCUACACCAACAUCAGCACUUCUGAUUCCAUCGUCCACGGACAAGUCAAACAAUCCGGACUCUUCUCCUUCUCCCGCAUCUACGAAUCCGGGCACGAAGUCCCCUUCUACCAACCUCUUGCCGCGCUUGAAAUUUUCUCGCGGGUAAUUGGGAGAUUGGAUAUUCAAACUGGUACUAUUGCUAUUGAUGCCAAUGCUGGUUAUGUGACAAAGGGAACCCCAAAGAGUACGUUUAGAGAGGGUAAUGCGACGUUGCAGUUUGAGGUGUUGCCGGCGAAUAGUACGUAUAAUACUACGUUAAAUGGACCGAAUCCGGUGGGUGGGGGUGUGAAGAAGGGGGAGUUGAAGAGGGCGUUGUUGGGGAGGGGUGGUGGUGGUGCUGGUGCUGGUGGGGAAGGGAAGAGGUUUAAGCCGAAGAGUAAGAGCCAGAAGAAGGGAAGGAGUCAUUAG